UUGGCGUCUCGAGAAGUCAUGGCUGGCGACAUAUUGACGCUGGUCCGUCGGCAAAGUACUCCACUGCAAUGUUAUUACUGCGAGUAUGCAUAUCAGUAUGCACGCUUGGCUGGACGGACUGAAGCGUUGUGCGAAGACAACGGUUUUUACGAUUUGUAUCAGACCUGCGCAAAUUGUAUCGAGGAUGAGACCAACUCGGACAAUGCCAGAAAAUACAUCGAGCCAAAGCUGGGACGGUUCGUCGACUAUUGCGCCAGCUUUACAUCGUUGACGAACUGGGCGACUAUGGGUACAGCUUCUGCCACUUUGGCUACUGCCGCGGAGGAUGAGCAAAGUUCUGCUACAGAGGCGGCGAGCACUAAUCAUGCGGAUGAUUCGACUUCGAGAAAUGCGCCAGCUGUCACUUCAAAUAAUGCUCCUUCAGUAACGGGCGAGUUAGAUGGAUUGGAUCUACCAACUUCGAGCAACGCUUCAGAGGCAAAGGACAGCUCAGGCCGGAACCAGGCCUGGAUUGCCGGGCCCAUUGUCGGCUCAGUCGUGGCCGUGUUGAUCCUCGCAGGCGUUGGCCUCUGGUGGUACAGACGGCGCAAGAGGACACCCAAACCUCCUUCAAGUCCUCAAGAUAUCCAGGAGUCGGUCCAUUUUGACAAGCCUCAGCUACAUUCGGAGUGUAUUCCUCGACCCAGCCCCGGACAAGUAGUUACAACAUUGCCUGUCGACCAAGGCCAGGCUCAUUCGUAUUCUUAUGGCGAGAUGCCAGCCAAUGAGGCACCCGCUUACGAGCUAUCGGCUGAAGGUAGACGAAGAAUGGGGUAG